GUAGAGUAAUACUGAACGGAUGUUGGAAUUGGACAUAAUUCACAAUGCUAGCAAAUGCUACUUUGAUUCCAUUCUUUCUGGGAAUCUUCACAAAUGUUUCAAAUUUUGAUCCGGAAUAUGUGUUUGAGAUGAACAAAGUUACUAUAACGUACAAACCACAAAUCGAAACUGCGGGAUUUUCUUCUUCAAUAACAUGUCAUCCCUUUCAAAUGGACAAUCUCCGCUGUUUCGUGCAUGAUAUUAAGCACGUGAUUUCGACAGAUCAAAUUUCGGAGAAAAGUAAUCGAAUCAAAGUCGGACAAUGGUUCGAGAUGAAAUUCACGGAUACUCGAGGAAUACAGGAUGUACUGAUCAUAGAAAAAAGGCCUAAAAAAUUAAUCAAAAACUUUAUGAAAGAUAUUAUUCAUCAAUUUAAUAUAGGUCCAGUAGGUGAUAUAGAAAAUGUAAACAAUACUCACGAAUUCAAAAAGUAUGAUCUCAUGGGCGAGGAAAAGACACCAAUAGGCAAAUGUAUAUCCACGUAUCUUACGCAAAUAGGAAAAUAUAAAAUGGAUGGACAUAAAGAAACAAAUUCCAGUUUUCAAAUUGGAUUGUUAAAGGACCGCUUUGACCAAAAAGAUUUAUACGUAUACAUUAAGAAGUAUAGGAACAAUUGCAUUUAUUCAUCACAUUUUGCUCAUUUUUUAGGCAAAGGGAAAGUGACAUCAUAUCUCCAUACAAUAACAGUGAGACAAAAUAAAUUACAAAUGUAUACCUCAUUGAAUGGAUAUCGGCCAAUUUAUUCAGGAGGUAUUGCAGAAACAUUUUACUUUUCGCAAAUAACAGAUAUACAACUGAUUAAUAUAAUACCUCAAAAAACAAUAUCAUUUAAGGAUUAUAAUGCAAUCAAAUUUGAUUAUUAA